CUGGUCACUUUCCAGCUCAUAUUCUUUAUUUAUUACCAUCAUUUAAAUGAAUGUCAGGUUUACAAGUGCCUGCAGCAGCUUCUCAUGCAGCUGCAAUGAAACCAGAGCAAUAUGGAUCUUGGCACAUUAACAACACACAUGCCAUGUACUAUACAAAACAUCUUUUUUCAAGGAAACAAGAACAAUGUCAAUUUGAUUAUAAUUUAUACCAGAAAAAUGCAAUAGCCUUAUGAAUAUUAUAUUAUUAUAGGAGAAAGAAAUGACAGGGCAGGAUAAGUUAGUAAUAAGUAACUUCGACAGUUUUUAAAAAAAAAAAAAGUUAUUCUACUGAUUCAGAAGUGAUUCAUGAUUAAGAUCAUUUUCAGUUUGUGUACAGGUCGCAGAAAGUGGAUACAAACAGUUCAUCUGAAGCUGUUCCAAAGUAAAUCAAGAGAAUAAAACAAACAGCAACACUUUUCAUCAGGUGGUGGAAACGUUUGUGUUUGAGAAUUCAUGCCUAACACACAUGCUAUGCACAGCUGCACAUCCCAGACUGGGGCCCGGGGACCUCCAGGGACCCUUGGAGGUGGCACAGAGGGAAAAACAGUUUAAAUUUCAUUGUUAUUCCAGCCAGCGAUCACAGGAGAUGAACAGUUGAAAGUAAUACAAGGAAAUUUGGACUCAGUUGUGAUUUAUUGAUAGUCUAUUAGAUGUCAACAGAUGGAUGUCUGUGGUCCUCUCAGUUUGGGUUAUGAUGAGUUUAGGAGCCCACGCUGGAGCCUGUCAGGACUCAGCGGGGAGGGACUUUCUGGACACAAACAUGCGCAACAAGUCCAAGGUCGUAAGAAGUGCAUGAUGAGAUUGAAUGACAACACGGCGUGCAGGAGCUCGGACAGGAGCGGGGUUUUAAAGUGGAUCCUCAGGGACAACUUUUCACCACGAGCACUCGUUUGAUUCACGCUGCUCCUCGGAGAAGGACGUGUCGCAGUAACAUUUAUUCGGACUUUGGAAGCGCGCCGCUGGAAGUUUUACCCUACGCACUUCACAGCACAGUACACAGUGUGGUGAGGAGGACUUCUUACUUGCAGAGAAUGGCAAAGAUGCAGCGAUUCGCACCCAUGAGGUUGAACUUAACUCCCGGUUUCAAUCGCAGAAGUAGCGCCGAAAGUUUGCAGCUCCUGGGAGCGCAGCAGGUGAGCAGCGGGGCAUGAGAUCCGGACUGCAGCUCGAGCACAGGCUGUACUGUAAUGUAACGGAAGGCGAUGUGAAAUGGUCCCGACUUGUCCCAGAAGCUGGGAGGACAUAACUUGAGAGGAGCGUGUGUUUUUUUGUUUUGUUUUGUUUUGUUUUGUUUUUUUUGUUAAAAGAGUGUGAGUCCACCAUGAGGGCGCUGAGUUUACUGUGCGUGGUCGUCGGGCUGUGGGGGUCCAGCCUGAGCAACAGAAACUGUCCCGACCUGAUCGUUGACAGCUGUCACUGCUCGGCUGAGAGGUCCAAGGAGCUGAGCAGGCAGCACGUCCGAGUCAAAGUGGUGUGUGAUGAUGUGGACUUGAUGGACACGCUGCAGCCCAGCUUCGUACCCAACAGAACGGUCUCCCUAAACCUGAGUAACAACAAGAUCUCCUUGCUGAGGAAUGGCUCCUUCUAUGGCUUGGCUGCCCUGGAAAAACUGGACCUGAAGAAUAAUUUGAUAAGCACCGUGGAGCCCGGGGCCUUCCGUGGUCUGUUGGCUCUGAGGAGACUGGACCUAUCCAACAACAGGAUUGGCUGUCUCUCCCCUGAAAUGUUUCUCGAUCUGGGCAACCUCUCAAAAUUGAAUUUAUCUGGGAACAUCUUCUCCACGCUGACCGUGGGACUUUUUACACACCUCGUGGCUCUCAGAGUGCUGCACUUCCACACUGAGACUUUAUUCUGUGACUGUCAGCUGAAGUGGCUGCUCCUCUGGGCCCGAAGCAACUCAGUGAGGAUUGGGAAUGACACGGUGUGUGUGUUCCCCACCCACCUCCACGGCCUGGAGUUUCGCAACCUACGUGAACAACAACUCAGAUGCGAUGGACCUCUGGAGAUGCCCCUCUUCCAGCUCAUCCCCUCUCAGAGACAACUGGUUUUCCGUGGAGACCGGCUCCCCCUGCAGUGCACCGCCUCCUACUUGGACCCGUCGGUGGAGCUGCGGUGGCGUCACAGCGGCCACAUUGUGACCACGCAGGAAGACCGGGGCGUCUAUGUGGAGGAAACCCUGCUUCACGACUGCUGCCUGCUGACCAGCGAGGUCAUCCUCUCCAACAUCGACGUGGGCAUCGCUGGCAUCUGGGAGUGCCUGGUGACCAGUUCCCGUGGCAACACUUCUCAGCAAAUGGAGAUAGUUGUUCUGGAGACAUCGGCACCGUAUUGCCCCACCGACAGAGUCACCAACAACAAGGGGGACUUCAGGUGGCCAAAGACUCUCGCUGGGAUCCUGGCCUUCUUGCCCUGUGCUCCUGCCACAUUUGGCUCUGCCCCCCAUCCCUCUGGCAGCGCUCCUAACCCCUCCAGCCAGAGGGAGAAGAAGGCGUGGCGGCGCUGCGACCGGGCCGGACGCUGGGCCGAGGAGGACUACACCCAGUGCCCGUAUGCCAGUGAACUGACCCGCGUGCUGCAUGAGCUCACCCAGAUAUCUAUUAACACCACCAACGCUCAGCCUUUAGGCCAGCAGCUAGUGGCCUUCACCAGCAGGGCGGCGCACUUCACCGACGUCAUGGACGUCAUCUUUGUCACACACCUGGUGGAGAGACUGACGAGGCUGGUGGAGAAGCGCAGAGAUCUGGGGGACUAUAUAUCAGACAUAGCCAGCAACAUGAUGCUAGUGGAGGAGCACAUCCUGUGGAUGGCCCAGAAUGAGGCCAGGGCGUGCACUCGCAUCGUCCAGUGUGUGGAGCGCAUCGCUGACCUGGCACUGACUGGAGACAAUCAGGCCAUUUCUAAGGUGUCUGCUAACAUAGCCCUGGAGGCCUUUUUGAUCCGGCCAUCUAACUUCCUUGGCCUGUCCUGCACGGCACUCCAACGGCCCCCCUCAUCUGCCCCCUCCCCCGUCCCUGACAGCCACUACCACACUGACAAGGGCACUAGCAGAGAAAGUGAUGCCGUGGGGGACUCUUGGCUCAACUUCAAAUGCCACACUGUCAACAACAGCGGCUCACCGGCCAGUCAGCUCAGCAAGAACUCAGUGGCAGUCGCCUCAAUCCAUUUACCGCUGGCUGGUACGCCUAUCUCCUCCUCUGCGCUGCAAUCUGUUGAUAACUCCACUUGCAAGCUGCAGUUCAUUGUGUUUCGCAAUGGGAAACUCUUUCCUUGCACAGGGAAUUCGUCAAAUCUCGCAGACGAUGGGAAGCGUAGGAGCGUUUCAACACCAGUUGCUUUCACCAAAUUAGAUGGGUGCAGCCUCGGGAGCACCGUGCACUCCGUUACUAUCGCUCUCAGGCACUUCGCACUGGGUGUAGACCCCACCGCAGCCUAUUGGGAUUUUGACCUGCUGGAUGGACACGGUGGCUGGAGGGCAGAGGGCUGCCACAUAACAGGCUCCGGGGGCAACACGACCACCAUUCAUUGCACCCAUCAUAAUAACUUUGCUGUGCUAAUGGAUCUGAAGAAGGUGCUGUCUUUCCCCCCAUACCCUGGGGAGUUUUUGCACCCGGUCGUGUAUGCCUGCACGGCGGUCAUGUUGCUCUGCCUCUUCGCCUCCAUCAUCACGUACAUAGUGCACCACAGCGCAAUCCGCAUCAGUCGGAAGGGAUGGCAUAUGCUUCUCAACUUCUGUUUCCACACGGCUCUGACCUUCGCUGUGUUUGCCGGCGGCAUCAAUCGAAUCAAAUACCCCAUCAUCUGUCAAACAGUCGGGGUCGUGCUGCACUACUCGUCUCUGUCGACCAUGCUGUGGCUCGGGGUGACAGCCAGGAACAUUUAUAAGCAGGUGACCAAGAAGCCUCCGCAGAGCCAGGAUGGUGACCCGCCUCCGCCCCCUAAACAGCCCCUGUUGAGAUUUUAUUUAGUCAGUGGUGGAGUGCCCCUCAUCAUCUGCGGGGUCACGGCAGCCGUCAAUAUUGACAACUAUGGCAGCGGGGAGCAAGCACCAUACUGCUGGAUGGCCUGGGAGCCCAGCCUGGGAGCCUUCUUUGGCCCCGUGGCCUUCAUCGUCCUGGUGACAUGCAUCUACUUCCUCUGUACCUUCAUCCAGCUGCGGCGACACCCUGAAAAGAAGUAUGAGCUCAAGCAGCUGACGGAGGAGCAGCAGAGGCUGGCCGCCGUCGACGUGCCCACCCACUGUCAUCAGGGAGCCGAGCCCGGAGCCCUGGCAGCUCCACCCAGCGGGAGCCACUGCCCCGCCGGCUGCCCAGGCGUUCCCAUCAACCCUGCGCUGCUGGCCAACGAGCACUCCUUCAAGGCUCAGUUACGAACGGCGGCCUUCACCCUUUUCCUCUUCCUGGCCACCUGGACCUUCGGCGCACUGGCCGUGUCGCAGGGCCACUUCCUGGAUAUGAUCUUCAGCUGCCUCUACGGUGCCUUCUCCGUCACCCUCGGCCUCUUCAUCCUCAUCCAUCACUGUGCCAAGCGUGACGAUGUCUGGCAUUGCUGGUGCUCCUGUUGUCCCGGACGACGAGCCAACGCCUGCUCUGGCGCCCACGGGCCUGCUCAAGCGCGGCCCAAGGUCAAUGUGAAUGGAGAUACCCCCGGACAUGGUCAUGGUCACAGCCACUGCCACCAUGACUCACCGUGUCAAGGUAAAGCACCAAUGAGCUGCAGUCACGGCAGUUUAGGUCACUGUAAACACGCCGCCCUUCCGUCCUCGCAAAAUCACGUGACGUGCCUGGCACCGGUGACACCAUGCUGCGCCGCCCUGCAUAGUCAGCAGCUUAUGGAGGAGGAGCCUGCGGCAACGCACGUACUGCUACACGCUGACCCCGAGGGUUACAGACCGGGCAUCCAGUUACACCCCUGCCUAAAGAGCAGCACCAGGACUAAAGGCCGUCACCUCAGCCGCCGGUCCGGCGCCGGCGCUUGCGGAGCAGGGAGUGAGAGGGAGUACGCCUAUCACAUCCCCUCCAGCGUGGACGGAGGCAGCGUGCACAGCUCACACACUGACAGCCCCCACAGCACACAUGAGCGUCAUGCCCACAUCUGUCCACAUCUGGCCCACGAAGGCCACCAUGAUGGGCAUCACACAUGCCACGCUGCUGCAGCCACCACACACGAGGCCCUGGCGUGCCAUAACCCCUGCCACAGGCACAUCUGCUGUGCCAAGGCAGACCUCCUCCCCUCUCUGUGCCCAGCGGAGGCAGGCGACACGGGCAUCUUCCUGUGUGGCUGCGGCAAAGUGGCCGAGGAGGACCCGAUGGCGACACAUCACCAUCUGGAGAUGCACGCCCCGCGCAGACAAUCCUACCCCCAGAACCCGCCCAAUCAGAAUGGGAUUCUGAAAGGGGGUCUGCACGAAGGACUCCUGUACACCUCGGACAGCACAGGGAAUAUACGCACUGGACCCUGGAAGAAUGAAACUACUGUGUAGUGUGGGAAAGGAAAACAGGGGAGAUCGGCAGCACCCCUGCCUCGUCCCGCCAAAAAUAAACCCUUGCCUCCCUUUCUAGAAUAAAAAAAAAAAAAUGAAUUGAAUAACAUUUUAAACAUCACAAUCAGCGUGGGAUAUUUUUAUUUUAAAGUCCUCAUGUUUUUAUGUGUGCUGUUUUACUGUACAGAAAUCUGCUCUCAUGUAAACGCUCCUGUAGAGCAUCCACCCACAGAACAUCCAGAAGAAUUUGUGGAAUAUGUGUCACAUCAUGAACCAUCAGAUGUAAUUGAAGGUAUCUCCAUUGUUCCAUAUUACUACAGAUCUCUAUAUAUAUAUACAAGAAAAUGAAUGGUUGUAUGUAUGAAUAUGUGUGUUCGUGCUCAAAGGCAACACGCUGCAAGAUUUUUUUACACUUUGAAUCUGAAUCCAUCAAAUAGUCUACGACGACGGUGAACCUCCAGUACUUUAAAGAACUCUUGGCAUCCAUGUUUUAGACGACUUAAACCAGCAAUUUUAGACUUCAUGGGUAUUUUUGCCAUUCAGUCAAGCAACUGUGAAUAUCUACUAGAGAUUUUCUAAAUAAUAUACAAAGAUGCUGUCGCUUGCCAGAGAUGCGUGGAUGCCAGUUAAGUUGUGAAAAUUCAAAACAACAGAAAAAGAGAAGUGAAAUUAAGCAUCCUCUUCCAGGUCGGUAUUGAUCGUGCUAUGAUGUCUUCACUGUUGUGUUUCUUUUUUUUUUUCGGGGGAGAGAAGUAAAUUAACAACAGCGUCAGCAGCAACAGCGAUUGUGGCCAUUGUGAAUAGAGAGUUGGUGUCACUGGAGUCACUGGAACCAGUGCCGUUUUUAUUAACACUGUGCCACACAGAGCCGCGUCCUCACAGCGAGUUCAUUGCCAAAACUAGCGUGCACAUUAUAAGCGUACGAUUCUUUGUAAAAUCAAACACUCAGACGUUUUUUUUUUUGGGAAAAAAAAAAAGAGAGUGUGAAUGUGAUUAUAGAAGAAACAACAAGCUGCUUAAAUGUCACUUUGGGGGAAACUUCGCCGAUUAUUUUCCCUGAGCUAAUAAAACAUUUCAGCCAACCUCAACCACCAUUGGCUAGAGCCACAAAAUGACACAUGGCAGAAGUCAGUGCAAAUGCAAUCCCUUUAUAUUUUAUCUCUUUUUUAUUUUUGUCUCAUAAGAGCCUCAAAGCAUGCAUGCCUUGUUGUACGUAGCUAUGUGCUAUAUUUUAACAGUGUAACUGAAUGCCCGUCCAUGAACAUAUUAUUUGCCUUGACCCGAUAAAACUGCUGCAGCUUGCCAUAUAUCAUUUUUGACACACUCUUGGAUUAAAAGCCUAGUUCCCAACAAAUACUGUACUAUUUCCCCACUGCUAAUCUCCAUUUAACAAUACAUUAAGCUUAGGUUUAUCCUAGAAUCCAGUCCAGAAAAAUCAUAAUGCUCCCAGUUCUGCUUUGGUAGAUAACUUGUGUCAGGAGAGAGGUUGAAAUAUGGAUUUUUUUUUUUGUUUUUUGUCUUUUGGUAACCAUGAAGGUCACAUUCUCUUUGAAGAAUUGCCGCUCUAAAGAGAAAGCCUAUUUAUUGGUUUAGAAGCUGUUGUUUGUUUUCUGAAUGAUGAUAUUGAGUCUGAUGCUCCACGCAGAACCUGUCAUUCAUUUCAUCAGAAAAAGCCAAAUUUAAAAAAAAAAAAAAAAAAAACAAACAAAAAAAACUGUACACCCAAGCAGCGCAUAUAACCUCACAGCAAACCCUGCUCUAGCUAAACCACGUCAGCAUGCACACCAUCUCUUUAUCCAUCUUGUGCACUCUCGUCCGUGUAUAUAGAAUCGGUUUCUGAUGAAUUAUUUUAUAUGAGAUUUAAGAUAUUUAAGAAUAAAAUAAGUCUAUAUGUAAAGAAAGUUGUAUGGGGAAAAAAAAACUGACCUCUCAAUGUUAAUACUCAGUAUCUGAGUUUAGAAAUGUCUCGUUUUGUUUUCAAAUGCAUUUUUUUUUUUUUUCUGUUGCGAUUUGAGUUGAUUUCAUAAAGUAUGCAGACUCGCCAUGUGUUGUGAGACUUAUCCUGUCAUAUCAGAAAUAGAAAUGCACUACACAUUAUAACAUUUGGCCUGCCAGAGUAGAACUUGUCACUUGCGGUAUGUUUAUUAUAGAGAUGUUUGUUCAGACAGAAAUAUUUGAUUUAAAAAAAAAAAAAAAGAGAAAAAAAAGUGACUUCUACAGAGAAAAGAGAAAUAUUAAUGUGAUAUUCCCUUCAUUUGGAUGGCAGGCGCUGAACAGUGAAAGGAGGCCCUGGUGGACAUCAAAGAUGAUGCAUGAACCUCAUAGCUUCGCACAGGGCCAGUGGAGUUAUUUCCAGGGUCCGGGACGAAAUGGGAUAUUAUGGGCCCAGUUUAUGAGUUAUAAAACAGUGGCCCGCAAUUGAUCAUACAAUACAGGCUCCGUUGAGUCGCCUCGGAUGCUGGCAGUCAGCGGCCCUGACUUUAUAGUUAUUGGAAAGGGAUUUGUAACAGUAUCACAACAAAACAUUUGAACAAAUCAGCCUCUCCCGCAGAAGCCCACAUUAAGAGAGAGAACAUUGGUCUAGGUUAAUUACUGUACAACAUGUGUAUUUGCUGGUGGUGUGUCCUAGGAAGCAGCCUGAGCUUUUCAGUGUCUGUGAGAGACGACGUGUUUGGUACCAUAAGGCCACCGUAGGCCACCCUUUCUGUUGUCAUCAGUAGCAGAUGUACUGCCCUAAAACGAGCUUGCGGACUUAGUUUCGGCUCACCAGACGGCUGCUGGAAUAUUCACCUGUGGUACUGUGACAAAACCUAAAGCCAGUUUUCACUUUUUUCUACAUUGACACAGAUUCCAAUAAAUGUAUUUUUUCACCAUGCAA